AUGCACAUUAAGGAGGUCAACAUAACGGGAUUCCGUAGUUAUCGUGAAGUUACGAGUAUCGACAGCUUCUCGCCCAAGCACAACGUCAUAGUUGGACGCAAUGGCAGUGGAAAAUCCAAUUUCUUCUUCGCCAUUCAAUUCGUGCUGAGCGAUGAGUUCAGUCACCUUCGUUCGGAGCAAAGAAUGGGAGUGUUGCACGAAGGUACUGGACCUCGUAUCAAUACGGCUCGUGUCGAAAUAGUAUUUGACAACAGUGAUCGAAGGAUACCCGCUGUAAGCCUUGGCCUCAUUUAG